AUGAGUGAAAGAAGAAGACUCCUCGGCCCUGCUAACACCUUCAUCCCCAACAUAGGUAUAACAAGUACCACGGAGGAAGCUGUCAAGACCAGGAAAAGAGACGAAAUCAGAAAGUUCUUCUUGAAGACAGGACUCAUCGAGAAUGCCAAUGGAUCUGCAUACUUGGAAGCUGACGGCACUAUUGUACAGGUACUGGUCUUCGGACCCAGGCCGAUUCGGGGGUCGUUCAUAGAAAGAGCCUCCUUCUCGGUGGAGUGCAAGUUCCUCCCACAUAUUGCCCAACCCAACGAAGGCAUAUUCAACACCGGCUCCAACAAUAACAACGGCAACUACAGAACAGGAUUGACCAACAUCGAGCAAAAGAUUUCGUCCUAUAUCGAGACAUCGUUGCUUCCUUCCAUCAUUUUGGAAAAAUAUCCCAAAUCCACAAUCGAUGUGUUUAUCACCGUCAUCUCAUCCGACAGUAUCGAGGACCAUGGCGGCAAGACCACCAACUCAGGAUUGCUCAACCUUGUGAAUUGGGUGUUAAACUGUUCUUCCGUUGCUUUGGCCGACUCGGGAAUAGAAUUAAAAGACAUAGUAAGCAGUGGUGUGGUGAGGCUUGAUAAAGAAGGCAUAGUAUUGGAUCCCCAAGAGACUGGGGGGGAAGGAAUUGAUGGUUUGGUCAGUUUCAUGAACUUAAGAAAUGAUGAAAUCGUGGGUUUCUGGAUGGAAGGUGAUGAGGACUUAGAAGAGAAGGACGUGGAGAGAAUCAUUGAUGGAUGCAAUACUAUGUCAAAGAAGAUAAGGGCCAAUAUCAACUCGUACUUGUUGGAACAGGCUAGUUAG